UUUAGACUUGGAUCUCUAAAGCUACGGAAAGUUUCAAGUCCGGCAGAGGUGGUUAAGGAACUGAUUGAUUACUGCCUAGACUGCCUGGGAAGACUGCAGGCAAAAAAUGAGCACCUGGAAAAAGAAAAUGAAAGGCUUUUCAGCGACUGGAGUGACGUAGAGAAGCGGCUGGAAAAAUGUGUGGAAGCUAAAGAGGAACUAGAGGCAGAUCUUUAUAACCGGUUUAUUUUGGUGCUGAAUGAAAAGAAAGCAAAGAUAAGAAACUUACAGAAGUUGCUGAAUGAAGCUAAAGAAUCUGCAGCAGAUACCAAAAGUACAAGGGAUAGUGUUGCUACCAUUCAGGUGGCUACAGGGAGAGAGAAUGAAUAUGAUGGCAGCACUGAUGAGGAAAGUGAAAAUUUAGCACGGACCUCAUUACCAUCAGCACCAGAAAGAACGGAUUCCAUUCUGGGUAGCCCAGAUGUCAUUGAUACUGCUCCAAGAAGAAAGCGAAGACAAAGGACAGCAAAACCUGCUGGGACAGGAGCUAAGACGGCUACUUAUGAGACAGAACUGCCAGCCAAGGAAAAGUAA